AAAAAUACCAUUUUAUCCCCAACACACAACGCUAUUAAUAUUAUCAAAUCGCUCACAAUCCCAUAGCUGAUAUCUCAGUUUCUACAUUCCAUUCCAGUAAUACUAUCUGUGAAAUCUCUGUAACAAAAUGGCUUAUGAGGUCGCUGCCAAAGCUGCUGCUGGUGCUCCUGAUGUUCUUGGAGACUGUCCAUUUUCACAAAGGGUUCUCCUAACUUUGGAGGAGAAGAAAGUCCCACACAAGGUGCACCUCAUCAAUAUCUCUGAAAAACCCCAAUGGUUUUUGGAGGUGAACCCAGAAGGGAAGGUCCCUGUGGUGAAGUUUGAUGACAAGUGGGUGUCUGAUUCUGAUGUUCUUGUUGGAAUUCUUGAGGAAAAGCACCCUGAACCUUCUCUUACUCCUCCACCUGAAUUUGCCUCUGUGGGAUCUAAGAUUUUUGGGGCCUUCGUUAAGUUCUUGAAGAGCAAGGACCCCAGUGAUGGGUCCGAGCAGGCUUUGCUUGAUGAAUUGAAGGCAUUGGAUGAACACCUUAAGGCACAUGGGCCGUAUAUUGCUGGAGAGAAGAUAACUUCUGUUGAUUUGAGUUUGGCACCAAAGCUGUACCAUCUCGACGUUGCUCUUGGUCAUUUCAAGAAGUGGACCGUGCCUGCAAGCUUAACUCAUUUCCACAAAUACAAGGAGUUGCUUUUCUCUCGAGAGUCUUUCCAGAAAACCAAGCCUACAAAAGAGCACGUAAUUGCAGGAUGGGAGCCGAAGGUCAAUGCAUAAAAUAGUUCUAAAUUAUAAGGCUUCUGAAAUCUAGUUAUGUUAAUUGGACAUGGCUUGUUUCCGUGCCUAAUAAAUGUAUGCAUCUGUGUUUGGGUUAACUAUGGUAUUUACUAUUACUUGAGUAACAGCUGCUCUAUAUUUGUGCUUC